UGGCGGCGCGGGGGCGCUUCCGGGGCGGGCGGAACUGCGCAGCGCCAAGAUGGCGGCGGCCGCGGUCGGAGUCUCCUUGAGGCGCGGAGUCCCCGCGCGGCUCCUGCGGGCCGGGCCGCGGGCGGUGCUCCGGCAGGCGCAGACGGCGGCGGCGGCGCCGCGGCUGAAGAAAUUCGCCAUCUACAGAUGGGACCCCGACAAGGCCGGGGACAAACCCCGCAUGCAGACCUACGAGGUGGACCUGAACAAGUGUGGGCCCAUGGUGCUCGAUGCCCUGAUCAAGAUCAAGAACGAGAUGGACUCCACACUGACCUUCCGCAGGUCCUGCAGGGAGGGGAUCUGCGGCUCCUGCGCCAUGAACAUCGCGGGGGGCAACACCCUGGCCUGCAUCAAAAAAAUCGACAGUGACCUCAGCAAAGUCACCAAAAUCUACCCCCUGCCCCACAUGUACGUGGUGAAGGACCUGGUCCCGGACCUGAGUAACUUCUACGCCCAGUACAAAUCCAUCGAGCCCUACCUGAAGAAGAAGGACGAGUCCAAGGAGGGCAAGCAGCAGUACCUGCAGUCCAUAGAGGACCGCCAGAAGCUGGACGGGCUCUACGAGUGCAUCCUGUGUGCCUGCUGCAGCACCAGCUGUCCCAGCUACUGGUGGAACGGGGACAAGUACCUGGGCCCCGCCGUGCUCAUGCAGGCGUACCGCUGGAUGAUCGAUUCCCGCGAUGAGUUCACGGAGGAGCGCCUGGCGCAGCUGCAGGACCCGUUCUCGCUGUACCGCUGCCACACCAUCAUGAACUGCACCCGCACCUGCCCCAAGGGGCUGAACCCCGGCAAAGCCAUCGCUGAGAUCAAGAAGAUGAUGGCAACCUACAAGCAGAAGGCAGCGACUGCCUGAGGGCUGAGUGACCCCAGAGGGACCUGGAGUGACCCCAGAGGGACCUGGAGUGACCCCAGAGGGACCUGGAGUGACCCCAGAGUGACCUGGAGUGACCCCGGAGUGACCCCACAGUGACCCUCACCCUGUGCUGGGGUUGCUGGGCACCUUCAAUAAAGGCUGUAAAGAACA